AUGCCUGACACCAGCCAGUCCAAGCCGCGCACACGGGAGGAGCUGCAACAGGAGCUGGCGGACAUGCUUGCCGCGCGGCCGUCACAGGCAAAUGGCAGCAUCAGCAGCGGCGGCGACCGCACGACGCCGCGCCCCGGCGCCGACCUGGCCAAGGCCGCCGACACCUCCCGCGAGAGUGCCAGCGACUUGAUGCAGCUGCCGCUGGUCAAGCCGCCAGUGGCGCCACCAGGGAACUGUAGCAUCAGCCAGGGCGCGCGCUCCUGGGUGGCCGACGUGGCGCGGCAGCAGGGGACCGGCGACGGCAAGGGCCGCCCCCGCCGGCUUCAGAUCGAUGUCAAGGGCAUCACACACGUGCUGCGGCGCCACCCCAGCACCUGGAUCUCGGCCCUGGCAGUUGCGGUGGUUCUGGCGGGUGCGGGCGUGGCGGGCGUCAUGGCGGCGGCGAUGGCGGAGACGCGGCACCGCUACGAGGCGGCGCAGGGCUUUGCCGACAACGCGGCGGUGGGGUUUGAGGUGCAGCUGCAGCAGAUGAUGGCCCCUAUGCUGGCGCUCGCGGCUUUCAUCCAUGACAACCCGAAUUAUCCCCACCUGGCGGCGCGGUUCGACAAGAUCGCCAAGGAGCUCCUGGCUGCGCUGCCCGACCCCGAGGCGGUGGCCAGCCUUCAGGCCACGCCCCAGGCCGUGGUGCGCAGCUUCUACCCCAUCGCCGGGAACGAGGCCGCCAUGGGCCACGACCUGCUCAGGGACCCGGAGCGCCGCCAGGCUGCGCUUGAAACAAUCCAGCGUGGCGCGCUGACUCUGCAGGGGCCCAUGAUGCUGAAGCAGGGCUUCAUAGGUGUGGUGCCGCGGCUGCCCAUAUUCAUCGAGAACGUGACCGACCCAAACGAACGCUUCGGCGCUCCUGAUCAGUCCUACAACUGCAGCAUAUGCUACAACGAAGAGGCGAAGCGCUUGUUCUGGGGAUUUUGUUCCUGCAUUGUGAAUUUUGAAUCUGUCAUCAAGGGCACCGACUCGCGGCUGCGGAGCCUGGCGCAGCAGGGGUAUGAGUAUGCCAUGUUUGCGCCUCAGCCCAAUGGGACCAUGUUCCGGUUCGCCACCAGCGCCCAGCCCCCGCCGCCGCCGCCGGCGUCAGUUGCGGCGACGAUCCACGUGCCCAACAGCAACUGGACGCUGCUGGCGAGCCCCUCCCAGGGCUGGGUGCCCUCGUGGCGCGACCCCAUGAUCGCCACCGCCGCCAUCGCCAGCGCGCUCAUUGGCCUGCUGGUGGGGGCCGUGCUGGUCAGCAGGCGGCAGCAGGGCUGGCUGCUUGCAGAGAUGAGGUCCACCAACGUGGCCCUGGCUGAUGAGAAGGAGCGCAUGGACGUACUGCUGGCCCGGCAGUACAACCUCAUCAGCUGUGUGCUGGAGAGUGGCGGCAUGGCGGGGCUGCCGGGGGGCAAGGGCCGCACGCUGCAGGAGAAGACGCUGGCGCGCAUCGAGGACAUGCGUCGCUCCAUCGGUGUCGCCACCAGCACCUCUGGUGCGGACGAGCUGCAGUUGGCGGAGCUGGUGGGGGAGGGCACCUUUGGCAAGGUCUACAAGGGCGUGUGGCGCGGCAGCACGGUGGCGAUCAAGACCAUGGUGCUGCCCGCCAAGAUGAGCGGCGCUGAGAAGCGCGAGCGCAUGGCCAUCAUGGAGGCGGCCAUCAGCAGCGCCAUGAACCACCCCAACAUCGUGCAGACCUACACCUACACCAUCCGGCCCACCACGUCCAGCAACGUCCCCGCCGGCAUGGA